AUGCCAAUUAAUAAUGAGAGCAAGUAUAUAAAAGAAGUGUGGGCUGAGAAUCUUGAAGAGGAAAUGGCUAUUCUCCGAGAUCGAGUAGAACAGUACCCUUUCCUAGCAAUGGAUACAGAAUUCCCUGGAGUAGUUGCUAGACCUAUUGGCAAUUUUCGAACAAGUUCUGAUUAUCAUUAUCAAACUCUUCGAUGUAAUGUCGAUUUACUGAAAAUUAUCCAGUUAGGAAUAACAUUUGCAGACGAGAAUGGAACUUUACCGCCAGAUACUUGUACAUGGCAGUUUAAUUUUAAAUUCAAUCUAGGAGGUGAUAUGUAUGCACAAGAUUCCAUUGACCUAUUGACAAAAUCUGGUAUCGAUUUUAAGAAACAUGAAGAUUAUGGUAUAGAUGUAGAACACUUUGGUGAAUUGUUGAUUAGUUCUGGGUUCGUAUUGCUGGACGAUGUUAAGUGGAUAUCUUUUCACAGUGGUUAUGAUUUUGGCUACCUAUUAAAGGUGCUCACAUGUUCUCCUUUACCGGCAGAAGAAUCAGAAUUUUUUGAUCUGCUGAGAACAUAUUUCCCUUGUAUAUAUGACAUAAAGUAUCUUAUGAAAAGCUUUAAAAAUUUGAAGGGCGGUUUGCAAGAUAUUGCUGACGAUUUACAGGUUUCUCGAAUUGGUCCUCAGCAUCAGGCCGGUAGUGACAGCCUUUUGACAGCAACGACUUUUUUUAAGAUGCGUCAAACGUUCUUCAAUGAUAAGAUUGAUGACACAAAAUAUCUGUGA